AUGAUGGAGUCUCCGCCUCCACUGGAGAAACAGCGGCCUUUGAGAGCAGAGCUUCCCCCGACGGUCUGCCAGGCUGAAGCUGAGGAGAAUCACCAGAAGGCUGUGAAGACCAUUGAUCAACUGGAGACCGAGAAGUCCGACCUUAAGGACAAAGCAAAGAUGCUGCGAAACAUGGUGCAGGACAUACAGAACCUGCUGUCUAUGGCUAAGUGGGAGUAUGAUGAUCGAAAACGUGCAUGUGAGCAAGAACAGAAGGCUUACAGCAUCCUCCAAGCAGAGAACAAGGAGAUGAAGAAGACUCUGAUUCUCCAAGAGGAAUUACUGAAGGUCUGCCAGGCUGAAGCUGAGGAGAAUCACAAGGAGGCAAUGGGGACCAUUGAUCAGCUGGAAGCCGAGAAGUCCAAACUUACAUACAAAGCAAAGAUGAUGCGAGACAUAGUGCAGGACAUGGGGAACUUGCUGUCUAUGACUAACAGGGAGUGUUAUAAUCAAACAAGUGAGUGUGAACGAGAACGGGAGGUUUACAGCAUCCUCCAAGCAGAGAACGAAGAGAUGAAGAAGGCUCUGAUUCACCAGGAGGAAUUAAUGAAGGUCUGCCAGGCUGAAGCUGAGGAGAAUCACAGGAAGGCUGUGGAGACCAUUGAUCAGCUGGGGGCCGAGAAGUCCGACCUUACGGACAAAGUGAAGAGGCUGCGAGACAUCGUGCAGGACAUGGGGAACCUGCUGUCUGUGACUAAAAGGGAGUGUGAUGAUCGAACAAGUGAGUGUGAGCGAGAAUGGGAGGCUUACAGCAUCCUUCAAGCAGAGAACAAGGAGAUGAAGAAGGCUCUGAUUCACCAGGAGGAAUUAAUAAAGGUCUGCCAGGCUGAAGCUGAGGAGAAUCACAAGAAGGCUGUGGAGACCAUUGAUCAGUUGGAGGCUGAGAAGUCUGACCUUACAGACAAAGUAAAGACGCUGCGAGACAUAGUGCAGGACAUGGGGAACCUGCUGUCUACAACUAACAGGGAAUUUGAUGAUCUAACAAGCGAGUGUGAACGAGAACGGGAGGCUUACAGCAUCCUCCAAGCAGAGAACGAAGAGAUGAAGAAGACUCUGAUUCACCAGGAGGAAUUAAUGAAGUUUCAGGUCUGCCAGGCUGAAGCUGAGGAGAAUCACAAGAAGGCAAUGGAGACCAUUGAUCAGCUGGAGGCUGAGAAGUCCAAGCUUAUAUCCGAAGCAAAGAUGCUGCGAGACAUAGUGCAGGACAUGGAGAACCUGCUGUCUAUGACCAACAGGGAGUGUGAUGAUCGAAGAAAUGAGUGUGAGCGAGAGGCUCACAGAGUCCUCCAGGCGAAGUGCAAUGAGAUGAAGAAGAAGAGGGGUGGGGUUUUGAAAAUCUGAAUGUGAAAUGAAUAAA